AUGUCGUUGAAAACCCCUCAUGAAGACCAACAACAGACCACAAAGUGGUCUAAUAUUUUUCUUGACUUUUCUCAAUCCUCCAGUUUCACAGAUAUUAAGUCAGAAAUUAGCUUCAAAGCUUAUCGAGCGGAUAUGUCGUCACCCAAAUCGCACAAGUCUCAAUCAUCCCGCGGCCGUCAAUCACCCAUUGGAUUGGAUCAAAUUGCGGCAGAGCAGCCGGCAAUUGAAGUCGGUCCCAAGUUCGCGCUAAUACCUGGUAGGACGGGAAUUACCGACACGGGGUCGCUUCGAUCGUCCAUCCUAAGUUACAAAUGGGAGAAUGGACGACGCUACCAUGCCUAUCAGGAUGGAUCCUACUGGGCUCCCAAUGACGAUCGUCAACAAGAAGCAGAAGAUUUGAUGUGGGUCACAAGCUUUGUGAGGUGUACAGCGCUAACGUUGAUCGACAGGCACGAAGUGUACAAGAUCAUCCUGAAUGGCGAGCUACACGAGGCUCCAAUCAAGGACAACCCACAGAGGGUUCUCGACUUGGGAUGUGGAACUGGAAUAUGGGCAAUCGAGUUUGCGGAUGCCAACCCAUCUGCAGAUGUGAUUGGCGUUGACCUCUCACCCAUUCAACCCAAAUUUGUGCCUCCCAACUGUCGAUUCGAAGUUGACGACAUCACGCAAGAAUGGACGUAUCCUGACAAUCACUUUGACUUUAUCCAUGUCCGCGCCAUGAUAGGCUCUAUUCCUGAUUGGACUGGCCUUUACAAAAAAGCCUACGCCCACAUGAAACCUGGUGGUUGGCUGGAAAGCGUUGAGCUUUGGGGCAACGCAAAGUCCGAUGACAAUACCUUGAAACCCGACUCGCCCUGCCACAAGUGGGUUGAGGUCUUCAAAGAGAUCGAGAAAAUAACGGGCAAGUCCUUCUUUUGGGACAAGAUGGCUCAGUCAAUCAGCGAUGCCGGCUUCAUCAACGUAAAAGGCCGGAGGAUCAAGCUUCCUGUUGGAACAUGGCCGAAGGACAAGACGCUCAAGCAAUGGGGUGCCUGGAAUCGCCAUUUCUUGCUCCAGGGCCUCGAGGGAUUCUCUAUCCGCGGCUUGACUGAACUGCUGGGUUGGAAGGUUGAAGAUGUACAGCUGUUCUUGGCAGAUAUGCGCAAAGAGUUGACCAAUCCGGAUUUGCAUUCGUAUCUAGAGGUCACCAAACAACUCUACACCACCAUCGACAACGACUGUUCAAUACUAGCGAUGUAUCCCUUUAACUCCAAGAAAUACUUCCACGCGACGUUCGACAGAAGAGCCGAUGUUCAAAACUCAGAGCCUGAAGCGCAGGAUUACCAUUUAUUGAGUUCACGAUAUCUCGUUACAUUCAGUCCUUACUUCAUGUGUCUCGAACUUACAGCUCGUUCAGCCAACAACGACAUACGAGCGGAUGGAGGUAUACUAGCAAAUCUGAUGACGAGAAGCGGGCUAUAUGAAACCUGGAAGACGGGUGGGAGGAUAGUACUAGACGACAACCCAGAGCCUAGUUUUAAGUGGACGUUCGAUCAACAGGAAUGGUGA